AUCAGACACCACCCAUAUACAGUGAGCAUCCCACGACAUUAUGAGUCCCCUGAGAGCAAUGGGGGCAUCACGUCGAGCAGCGUUCUUGGUACUUGGCGGUGCGACACUCACUCAGUUCCCAGCACCCUUCAGAACAGUGUAUGCCGAAGCUCCCAAAGACGAUCUGCCAGAAAAGAAACCUAUAUAUUCAUCCUAUCCUGUGGCUCCCACGACACCGAAACCUUCUCCAACAUCACCAGUCUCGAGUUCGAACCCAGUGUCACCGACCCCAACCGACAGAUUAACCUCCCACGUCAAGACCGCCAGACUCUUUGUCUAUGACAAGUCACUUGCCGCCGAGAACAGCUUUAAUGACCUUUUAAGUUGGGCAUUCCGAAAGGAAACAAAUUUCACUAAUACGAUUGCUUCCCUCGCUCCGGCUCCAGAAACCGGAGAACAGCUACUUCCGGGCGCGAUUUACGUCCUGGUCGCUACGCUAGCAGGCUCAAUUGUUUCACGGAAUCGAGGCCUAUUUCUUCGCGCGGCAACCCCGUUGACUGUUGGCAUUACCGCUGGCUGGAUGUUGAUCCCCGUAACGAUGAGAAAUACUUCGGAUUUGAUUUGGGAAUAUGAAAAGAAGGUCCCUGCUAUCAGCGAAACACAUGCGCAGAUCAGUGGCUUUGUCAAGGAAUCCUGGAGGCAAGCUAAAGUCCAUGCCAACGUGGCUGUCACCUGGGCGGACGAAACGACUGCUGAGACAAGGCAAAAAGUAGAGAGCUUGGUGUCAAAAGGAAAAUAGAGGCCACCGUGAGUUAAAACACCAUUGAUAUGAAGGACAGGUGAUAUGCUUUGGCCGAGCAUAUCCAAUCUGCAUUGUACAGCAAUUCCAGACAUUUAUUACCUGAAAGUGCCCACACAUCGUUGAUUUAUUCGCACCAGGUUCGCGGAAUCCUUGUUACUGGACAAACAAUCACGAAAUUCGUUCAUUCUUUCAAACCUGCACAGAUCUCUCGGUCUCGACCCUGUAUCCCAGUCGUUGUGUACGACAGGGUGACCACAUCGAUCAAAGCAGACCAAACUUUGAAAGCCAAAGCCGUCCAACCAGAUCUGCAAUUGUCGAUCCAUCAUAAUUUAGCAGGCUCCGGGAGGGAUUCUUUCUUGGAAAACCUGAAUAUUGCCUUGAUGGACUGACGAGAGAUCCACUCAUUAAUAUAACGGCCUAGUGGCGCAGUAUUGUGACCUUCGUUGCAC